CCAGAAGCCAAGGGCGGGGCUGAACCGCACCGACACCACCAAAUCAACGAAUGUCGUCAGCCCCGUCUUCACCUCUAGGCCUCCCUCCUCCCCUCCUUCAAUUCCUCUUUCUUGAACAACAAGAAAACCCCACCAGGUCUCUUUCCUCCUCCCUUCUUUUCUUUCUUUCUCUUCCCUCACUGUCUCUCUUCCUCCACCCUUCCCUAUUCUAUGUGAAGCGCUGCACUUAUAUAGCAAAUGGCGCAUUUCCUGCGGGGAAAGCAAGCCGGUAUCCAGAAAGACUUAUCCGGAACUCUUUCGCCGGAACUGUUCGAUAUUGACGAUGUGGCUAGAUGCGGUGUAAAUUCUCAGAUCAGUGCCCUCGCAUACGACCCCGUUCAGUCGCUCCUUGCUGUCGGCACCAGCGAGUCUCAGUUCGGACAUGGUCAGAUCUACGUUUUUGGGCAGGGACGAGUGUCGGUCAUAUUUCCCUUGCCCCGAAAGGCAUCCGCGAAGUUCCUUCAGUUUUGCGCCGAUAAGCUGGUCAGUGUGGACUCGAAGAGCGAAAUUUCCGUGUACUCUCUCGAAACCCGACAGACAUUAGUCUCAUACGCUCCUCCAAGCCAUGCAAGCGCGUUGCUUACGGAUCCCAGUCUCGAGUAUGCGUUCAUUGGCCUGCAAAAUGGCGACAUCAUCGCCUAUGAUCUGGAUCGUGAAACCAUGACCCCGUUUAGAAUACCAAAUCUAUGGACUGAGCGUAAUACUCGAGUGCGACAUUGUCCGGUCGUCAGUUUGGCUUUCUCGCCCCGAGAUAUCGGCAAGAUCCUGAUUGGGUACCCGGAAGGAGCGGUGGUUUUCUCGUUCAAACAAAAUAUAGCACAGAAAUACUUUGAGUAUGAAGUGCCUGCAGGCGCUUUGGGGGGAAAUGGCGAUGUCCCGUCGAGAGAAUUGCGCAAACCGAAAUUGACUAGGGCACUGUGGCAUCCAAAUGGUAUAUUUGUACUAACUGUCCAUGACGAUAACAGUUUAGUCUUCUGGGACUCGAAGGACGGCCGCAAGCUUUUAGCCCGGUCAAUCACUACAGCCGACGUGGAUCAACCAGGUGUUUUGCCUGCGCGACCACCGUCUUCAUCAGACGCACCCAGUGGUCUCAAGGACCCUAUCACUGACAUUGCGUGGUGUGUGAAGGAUAACAGUGAUGACACUGCUCUGCUCAUAGCAGGGGGGAAACCGAAAGGAGAUGUAAACAAAGGCCUUACUUUUCUGGACCUGGGCCCGACCCCCAACUAUCAAACAUCCUCCUGGGCCAUCAUCCAAACAUAUCUCGAAAGUCCAAAGCGCCGAACAGAGCUUCCAGUUCCUCCAGGAGCUGUGGUUACUAGCUUUUGUCUCAUUCCUCGCGCUUCCCCCUACUAUGCUGGCGCUCAUGACCCUAUUGCGGUGAUUGCUCUUCUAUCCUCGAGUGAGUUGGUCACUCUAAGCUUCCCGAGUGGGCAUCCCAUCACCCCUACCAACAUGUUACCUCCUUCUCUUGCUCUCGUCCACCCAUUCGUAACCAAAAUCACUCUAUCACCCGUGGAGCGUGGCGCCUGGCUGGGCCUGAAGGAGAGAAGAUCUCAAGGACCAAAGUUUAUUCAAGGUGGCGCAGAGGCAAGGAAGCCCCUAAAGCGCUUGGAAAAUCGCAACGUCAUCACCGCAGCACAUGCCGACGGUAUCAUUCGCCUGUGGGACGUAGGUCAUGACGAUGAGAUUGAGAAUUCGGACACUAUUCAAGUUGAUCUGACCCGCGCUGUGGGCCGGGUUGCUAAUGUUGAGGUCUCUGAGAUGUCUUUGGGAGGAUCAACCGGCGAAUUAUCAGUUGGUCUCAAAAGUGGCGAGGUUGUUAUAUUCAGAUGGGGUGGUAACCAACAUUUCGGUCGCGAGGAGUCUCCCGGAACCAACAAGGGUCCCGGGGAAUUGACCAAUAUUACACACAGAGCCGAUCCUGGUCUGAAACAGGGUCUCUUGCCAUUGACCCUGCUCGAUAUGCAGCAAGGUCCAGUGACUGCCCUUAAACACAGCCCAGUGGGAUUCGUUGCCGCUGGCUUCCAGAGUGGUAACUUGGUCAUCAUCGACCUUCGGGGGCCCGCAAUCAUCCACACGGCCCAUGUGUCCGAGCUAGUAAAAGGAAACAAGAGGAGUAGUUUUCUCAAAUCUCGUGGCACUGGGGAGACCCAGCCAGAAUGGCCUACGAGCGUUGAAUUUGGUAUCUUAAGUCUGGAGGGUGAAGACUACUCCAGCGUCUGCUGUUUUGUGGGCACAAACAGAGGUAACCUGGCGACCUUCAAGAUCCUGCCAUCAAACGGUGGCACCUAUACGGGUUCGUUCGCUGGAUCUGUGCCUUUGGAUGAUAAGGUCAUCAACAUCAUCCCUAUCAAUACAGAUGAUGGCAAUCUAGCCCUAGCCUCACCAGAUGCCUUUGGGGGCUUGAGGAAUGGCGCUAGAGUCGACGGGGCGGUGGUUGCUGUGACCGUCUCUGGUUGCAGAAUCUUCAAGCCCGCGACAUCUAAGGGCGCGCACCGGUCCUGGAAUGAUUACCUAUGUGAUUCUGCUGCUGUGGUCAAUAUCCAAGGUCGAGGAUGCUGUCUAGUUGGGCUGUUCGGGGACGGCAACGCACGAGCGUUCUCCAUUCCCGGUCUCAAAGAAAUUGGCAGCAGCAAAAUUAGCCAAACGGCCGACAUGAGCCGUCUCUCCUCCGCCACGGUGUCACCCAACGGAGCUGUUUUAGCUUGGACUAGCCCGUCAGAAGUAGGACUUUUCAACGUUUGGGGGGCUGGCAUUGAACUGCGCCCCUCGGAAGACCAGCUCUUCAACCCGCAAGCAACUAUCCCGCUCCGUCCUACAAUCACUAAUAUGCAGUGGAUUUCCGGCACGCAGUAUAUCUCACCCGCCGACAUGGAUAUCUUGAUCGGCGGUCCAGAUCGACCUCCCUCCAAGAGAAUGCAAGAGCAGAUGCGAGUAGAAGAGCAAGAGCGGCGAAGAGCUAUUCGAGAGGGCCGAACGCCGCCAGCUCAAGCCGGCAACGAGGAAGGGUACCUUGCCUACAUGACACGUCAGGUGCAAGAGCGUACGGAACGACUCGGGUUCGCAGGGGACAACAUGGACAGACUGGAGGAGACCAGUAACAACUGGGCCCGCGAUGUCAACAAGUAUGUUCAGAAUCAGAAGAAGAAAGCAGUGCUAGGUGUACUUGGGUCGAAGUUCGGGUUUUAAGCAGCGUUUUAUAUGAAUAUAUCGUGUUUCUUUGAAGAAAAAAAAAAAAAGACAAGGAAAGAAAAGAAACAUGAUAUGGAUCUCGAUACCAUGGAAGUACCUUAGAACUUCUCCAACAAUACAAAUACCCAAACGUCUGCGUCUGGUAUUUUCUCUUCGGGGUUCCUUUUACUAGG